UUGCUGGCUUCAGCUGCUUCUUCCCAGGGGAUUUUUCCUGUUCAGCCUGGCCACCACUGCUAAUCCUACCAGAGCAGAGGAAGAGGUUCUGCUGUGCACACGCCACACACCUGCCUGUCAACUGGGAGCAGAGCGGAACACCUGAGAGGACCGACAGCAGCACCAUGGACUUUCUCUUCCAGUUGCUGUUCUCCCCUCUCCCGACCCCGGCCAUCAUCUCCCUGUUUGCCCUGGCAGCUGCUACCUUGUUUUACCUCAAAACGCGGCCCACCCCCAUCCACACCACCAUUGACCUCAACUGCCAAACUCUGGGCACCAAGGAUGGAGCAAGGAAGCAUGCACUGCUUGAGGAUAACAACAACCUGAUAUCAUAUUACUUUAAUGACACAAAGACCAUCUAUGAGGUCUUUCAGAGGGGUCUGAGAGUUUCAGGUAAUGGACCAUGCCUGGGCUACAGAAAACCAGGAAGGCCAUACCAGUGGCUAAAGUACAAACAGGUAUCUGAUAGAGCGGCGCACAUGGGGUCAGGGCUUCUUCAUAAGGGUUUAAAGCCAAACGCUGACAGUUUUAUUGGCAUCUUUGCUCAGAAUAGACCUGAGUGGAUUAUUGGUGAACUGGCCUGUUACACCUACUCCAUGGUAGCAGUUCCCCUGUACGACACCCUGGGUCCUGAGGCUCUUGAGUUCAUUAUCGACCAAGCGGACAUCUCCAUAGUGCUUUGUGACAAUCAAAACAGAGCAGAAACACUGUUGCAGACCCGGGAGAAAGGCCGGACUCCAGUUCUCAAAACUAUCAUCAUCAUGGACCCUUUCAACUCUGAGUUGGUCGAGCGAGGAACCAAGUGUGGGGUGGACAUCGUGUCCAUGCAGGAUGUGGAGGCUCUGGGGAAAAGUAAUCUUAAAAAUCCAGUUCCACCAAAGCCAGAGGACCUCAGUAUUGUUUGCUUCACCAGUGGCACUACAGGAAACCCCAAGGGAGCAAUGUUGACCCAUGAGAAUGUGGUCUCUGAUGCUGCAGGUGUCCUCAAAUCCUUUGAGAUGUCAGUUGUUCCAAAUACCGAGGAUGUCAGCAUUUCAUUCCUGCCUUUAGCGCACAUGUUCGAGAGAGUUGUACAGACAGUGAUGUAUAGUGCUGGGGCUAAGGUGGGAUUCUUCCAGGGUGACAUCAGACUUCUUCCAGAUGAUAUGAAAACCCUGCAGCCCACUAUUUUCCCAGUAGUGCCUCGACUUCUCAACCGUGUCUAUGACAAAGUUCAGAGUGGAGCCAAAUCACCUCUCAAGAAAUGGCUGCUGAACUUUGCUGUGGAGAGGAAAUAUGCUGAAGUGAGGGAGGGCAUCAUCAGGAACAACAGCGUGUGGGACAAGCUCAUCUUCCACAAAGUCCAGGAGUCUCUGGGGGGACGAGUGCGGGUCAUGGUGACGGGAGCAGCACCCAUAUCUCCCUCUGUUCUCAACUUCCUCAGGGCUGCUCUGGGUUGCCAGAUCUUUGAGGCAUAUGGCCAGACAGAGUGCACGGCCGGCUGCACCUUCACUAUGCCGGGAGAUGCCACCUCAGGGCAUGUUGGGGUGCCACUGCCUUGUAAUAUUGUGAAGUUGGAGGAUGUUGAAGAAAUGAACUACUUUGCUUCAAAUGGCGAAGGGGAGGUCUGUAUCAAGGGUAGAAAUGUGUUCAAGGGGUACUUGAAAGACCCAGAGAAGACUGCAGAGGCCUUGGAUAAAGACGGUUGGCUCCACACUGGGGACAUAGGAAAAUGGCUUCCGAGUGGAGUUCUGAAGAUCAUUGACCGGAAGAAGAAUAUCUUCAAGCUGGCUCAAGGGGAGUACAUAGCACCAGAGAAGAUUGAGAAUGUGUAUGUACGCAGUGGACCAGUGGCCCAAGUAUUUGUGCAUGGAGACAGUCUACAGUCUUGCUUGGUUGCUGUUGUGGUCCCUGAUCCUGAGGUCCUGCCAGGUUUUGCCAAAAAUCUGGGGUGCCAAGGCUCCAUUGAAGAACUCUGCAAAAACACAGAAAUUAAGAGAGCCAUUCUUUCAGACAUGACCAAACUGGGCAAAGAAGCAGGACUCAAGUCCUUUGAGCAGGUGAAAGAUGUUUACCUCCACCCUGAGCUGUUUACCAUUGAGAACGGUCUGUUAACUCCCACUCUGAAGGCCAAGCGGGCCGAGCUCAAAGCACUCUUCCAGCCACAGAUUGACAGACUGUACGCCAACAUCCAAUAAAUGGAAUAAACCUACACCAACUCA